AAAAUUUGUGAUUUAUGAUGGUCUCGUAACCGCCGAAUAAAAUUCUAUUUAUAACCGCGGAAAAUUAGAAAUUAGAAGUAAGAACGCGAAAACAGUCGGAUUUUAAACGCGUUUGAACUAAUUGACAGAAAUUGCGGUGUUUUCCUCAGACCGGCUCAAUUUUUGUCCCAUUACAUUUAUUACAAACCUGCCUGUUGUUUGAUUUAAUUUAACAAUAGGCAAAAACAUGGAAAACGGGACUAGUGACAGUGAUAGUACCGAUGUUGAAAGUUUGAGUGACAGUGAUGAGAUCGAUGAAGGCAAAAAUAUUAGAAAUAGGACGAAAAGAGGAAUUGCGUGGUGUGGUGUGGAGGACGAAUCAAAUCCAGUUGCCUCGAUUUCCACCCCUAAAAUCUCUUGGCCCCCUGUCAACCCCAAUUCGAACUGGCGUCACUUGCGCCCCGUCCGUUUCGGAAAUCCGCUUUUUGGCACAAAAAUGCAACUCUAUUCCAGAACUAGACAUAAUCUCGCCGUUUAUCCGGACGGCGAAGUUAAGGGAACCACCGACGAUAACGACUUGCACACUUAUUUGGAAGUAAUUUCGGCCGGCCACCCAGGUCACGUGCGCAUCAAGGGCCUUUUGACCAACCUCUACAUCGCAAUGGACCCCAAAGGGCGUCUUUACGGAGAGCCAGACAUGAUGGACAAUUCCACAAUUUUUAUUGAAGCGUUCCAAGGCUCCUACAAUACUUAUCUCUCUCUGAAAUACGRCCAUCUGGGCUGGUAUYUUGGUAUAAAAAAAUCCGGCAAAUUCAAAAAAGGACCCAAGACCAAAUACGGCCAAAAAGCCAUAAUGUURUUGCCGCGUAGAUCUCGAUUUCAAUGAAAACAGUAUUAGCAUUUAAAUACUCACUCUGUUAUAGUAUUUUUUUUACUUACAUGUGAAAUAUUCCACAAAUGACUCAUUUAUGAUUAUUAUUAACAAUAAAUAUUGGC